AUGACUGUUGAUGAUGUUAUUUUACGUAUUGGAGAAUUUGGAAGAUAUCAAAGAAAAAUAUAUAUUUUACUUUGUAUUCCAAUAAUAUUUUGUGCGAUGAACAAAAUUUCUGGAUCAUUUCUUAAUUUUAGACCUGAAUUUAGAUGUUAUAAUCGAAAUGUAUCUUUAUCGAAUGAAACUUGUGGUAGCUGUGAUAAAUUUAUUUAUGAUACUGAUAUUGUCAACGUGUCAACAACUACUGAGUGGAAUUUAGUUUGUGAAAGAGAAUGGAUGAGAUCAACAUCAGAGUCUCUUCUUAUGACAGGAGUCAUGGUUGGAAGUAUUUGUCUUGGAAGUUUGUCUGAUCAUAUGGGUCGUCGUCCAGUAUUUUUUUUCUCUUUGAUUGUACAACUUGUUGCUGGAAUGGCAAUUGCAUUUUCACCAAAUUAUAUUACCUACGUUAUAUUGAGAUUAAUUGUAGGCAUUUCAGUAGGUGGUGUUUAUACAAUUGCGUUUGUCAUAUCAUUGGAAAUGGUUGGUCCAUCAAAACGUCGCAUAACUGGUAUUUGUUGUCAGCUUUUUUGGACAACUGGAUAUGUACUUGUUGGUGUAUUAGCAUAUUUUUUUCGUAAUUGGAGAAAUCUUCAACUUGCCAUGACUGUUCCAUCAAUAUUCUCCCUCAUUUACUGGUGGUUGAUGCCUGAGUCAACUCGUUGGCUACUUACCAAGGGUAAAAUUGAAAAAGCUAAAGAAAUACUUCAAGCAGCAGCUAAAGAAAAUAAAAAAAUAAUAUCAAGUGAUACACUUGAUCAACUUCUUGCUAAGAAUCAAGUUGAGACUGCUGAUGAAUCUUCAAUGAUUACUUUAAUUCUAAAAUAUCCAAAUUUAAGGAAAAAAACAAUUAUCAUCUGUGUCAAUUGGAUUUUAAUAAGCUAUUCUACUGUUAUUGUUGUGAUUUACAUGAUUGGCAAAAUGAGUAUAACAACAGCAUUUGGUACUUUUUAUUUAUUCACUGCUGAACAAUUUCCAACGGUUGUUAGAAAUGUUGGUGUUGGUGCUGCAUCAAUGUCCAUUGGCAUUGGUGGAAUAAUUGCCACACGUGCUGAACAACUUCUUGAUGAUGUUUUUUUACUAAUUGGAGAAUUUGGAAAAUAUCAAUAUCGAAAUUGUAUUUUAUUUUGUAUUCCAAUAAUUUUCAGUGCGAUGCAUAAAAUUUGUGGUUCAUUUCUCAAUUUCAAACCAGAAUAUCAAUGUUAUAACGCGGAAAUAAUUUUAUCAAAUAAUACAUGUGAUAAUUGUGAUGAAUUUAUUUAUAAUACAGAUAUUGUUAGUGUAUCAACAACUACUGAGUGGAAUUUGAUUUGUGAUAAAGAUUGGAUGCGAUCAACAUCAGAUACUAUAUUUAUGAGUGGAUCAUUUUUAGGCUCUUUGGUUCUUGGUAGCUUGUCUGAUAAAUAUGGUCGUCGACCAAUUUUUCUUUUAUCACAAUCACUUCAAUUUGUUGGAGGUGUAUUUGUUGCAUUUUCACCCAAUUAUCUGACAUUUGUUAUUUCAAGAUUUAUCGUAGGAAUUUCGGUUGGAGGUCUUUUUUCGAUUCUCUAUGUAAUGUCUGCAGAAAUAGUUGGACCAUCAAAACGUCGAAUAACAGGAAAUCUUUGUCAGCUUUUUUGGUCAAUUGGAUAUGUACUUGUUGGAGUAUUGGCAUAUUUUUUUCGCAACUGGAGAAAUCUUCAGCUUGCUAUGACCCUACCAUCAAUUUUAUUAAUUUUUUACUGGUGGUUUUUGCCAGAAUCAGCUCGUUGGUUAAUUGCCAAAGGAAAAAUUGAAAAAGCCAAAGAUAUACUUGAAUCAGCAGCUAAAGAAAAUAAAAAAAUAAUAACACGUUUUACACUUGAUGAAUUACUAACUAAAAAUAAAUUUGAAAUUGUUGAUGAAACUUCAAUUUUAACUUUAAUUAUUAAGUAUCCAAAUCUUAGAAAAAAAACAUUUAUUUUAUGUUUUAAUUCGGCUUUGAUAAGUUGUAUAUAUUAUAGUUUAUCUUGGGGAGCUACAAAUCUUAAUGGCAAUCAUUUUAUCAAUCAUAUUGUUUCUGGUCUUGUUGAAGUACCAGUUUACAUUAUUCUUAUUUUUACUGUUGAUUUAUUUUGUAGAAAAAAAAUUCUCUGUGGUUCUAUGAUUUUAACUGGAAUUUCUCUGAUAGCUACAGGAAUAUUUGUCAAUUAUUCUAAUGUUCUUAUUGGAUUUUAUAUGAUUGGAAAAAUGGGUAUAACAGCAGCAUUUUCAACAAUAUAUUUAUUUGCAGCUGAACAAUUUCCAACAGUUAUUAGAAAUGCUGGUAUUGGUGCUGUUGUUAUGUCUGUUAGUAUUGGAGGAAUAAUUGCGACUCAUGCUGAACAAUUGGGAUCAAUAUCAAAUAGACUGCCUUUUUUUGCGAUGGCUUUCGGAGCAUUUAUUGUUUCAAUAUUAUUUAUAUUUUUAUCAGAUACAAGAAACAAAAGUUUACCCGAAACAAUGAAAGAUAAUGAAAAAUAAUAAAAUUAUAAAUAC